UCCUCUUGAACCACAAUCAAUCAAUCAUCACCAUCAUCAAUAUUGCACAAGCAAUGGAGCUUCCAGUGGUACACCCUGCAACUGCUGCAUCAAACCAAUAUCUCUUUCCCUCUCAUCUCCUUUUUCCAUACAAUUUUGUCCCAGAAAACCAUGUUCACUGGUCAGAAACUCCCGAUUCUCACAUUUUCUUAAUAGAUCUCCCUGGUGUAAGAAAAGAAGAGAUAAAAGUGGAAGUUGAGGACUCGAGGUACCUCAUAAUUCGAACUGAGGCCAUUAAUGAGUCAACAGAACCUGCAAGGACCUUCAUGAGGAAGUUUAGGCUUCCGGGUAGAGUGGAUAUUGAUGGAAUAUCAGCUGGAUAUGAAGAUGGAGUUUUGACAGUCACAGUUCCAAGAUCUUUUAGGAGAAGGGGUUUCUUUAUUGAUCCAGCAGAUGUGCCUGAACGCCUAGAAACUCUGGCAAGGGCUGCUUAGACAUUUCAUGUACUUUAGCUAAUUCUGUUGUUUCCAUUGUGAAAGUGUUGUGAUUAUUUAGAAAAAUAUGAUUGCAUAAUUUGAUGUCUGCCAUGUAGACUAUUAACAUUUAUACAUGCAUUUCUAUAUAUAAUAAGAUAAUGUUGAUUGGUGGGACCA